AAGCUGCUUUUAUUUAUAUUUGUGUAAUGAGCAUUACCUUAUUGUUAGAGACUAGCCAAUGAUUAGCACUGUUUAUCUUUACUUGAGUUCAUAUAGGUGUGGGUCUUUCAGUUGCUAGAAACUGCAAAGCACAACUUUAUGAAAGAAAUUUGGGCCUUGCUGAAUUCAAACUGCUGUCUGAGGAUUGAACUUGACUAAACAGAUCAUAUUGAACUACAAAUAUCAUCGAUAACUUUACACUCGACCAUGAACAAUAACAAUUAAUUCUGGAGUAAAACUUGACCUAGAAUAAUUGAAAUCUUGGGUCAAAGGUUCCAGACAAUACUAUGGUGUGUCUGCUGAUCAAUACUCAAUACUAGCCAGUGCAAGAAACGACGGAUCAAUGAAUAUGCUAUGCACUGUGCACAUUGUGUUAUAGCUUUAUUGCUCAGCCCUUGGUGAAUCUAGUGUUAAAUGAGUAAUUUCCUUGCUAUUUUUGACUGCAGGAGCUGUAAGAUUUUACCUUAUUUGGGGCUUACAAUCUGAAUCUUACCUAUCCUGCAUGAUGAAACUAUUCCUUUUCUACAAUGUUAGUAAAUUGAAUUGAUUAAUAGUCUGGAAGAUGUAGACUACUAUGGGCCUUGGUGUUACAAUGGGUCAUGAAGACCCUUAGUAACUGCAGUGCGUGUAUGCAGUGUGUGUGUGUGAGCCUGCAGUGUUAUUACGUACAAUACAAUAAGUGUUCUCGAGUUGAAGAAUAAAGCAGAUUCCUGUACGGUGAAGCACGUGGGUCUUGUGCAUUAUGCUAUGAUCUUAUCACCCUUGAACGGUGUUACAAAAAAGACUACCUUGAAUCCCAAUGCUAAGGCAUUCCAGAGUCCCAAGACUCCAACAGGCUCGGUGAAUUCAGAUACAGGUGACGGUUCACAGGACUGGGCAGACCAUGAUAGUGGAAUCUCAGUUGCCUCCUCUCCCCAGGUAGCAAUGAAAUCACAGGGACCCACUGGUGCCUUCCAGAUGAACGGUGACAUGGGCAAGUACACAGCAGUUGGUUACCCACCCACCCCUGAAUCCCCCGUCUUUCCCCUCGCCAAUGGACACUUAUUUGGGCCUGAGUUCCCCUACCUUCCCGAUGGCCAAAUUGUUACUGCCGAGGACAUCUCCCAGCAGGAACCCCCCAAAGGAGAUGAUCUACGCAAACUUCUUCAGAGACAACUAGAGUACUAUUUCUCCAGGGAGAACCUGGCAAACGACAGAUACCUGCAAUCACAGAUGGACUCUGACCAGUAUGUGACCAUCAGAACGAUAGCAAACUUCAAUGCAGUCAAGAAACUUACCCAUGACUUGCAGCUUGUAAUCGAAGUACUGAGGGAAUCACCUUUUGUUCAAGUAGAUGGAAAAGGAGAGAAGGUGAGACCUAAUCACAAACGAUGUACUGUCAUCCUAAGAGAAGUGCCGGACACAACUCCAAUUGAGGAUGUGAGAGCCCUCUUUACCCACGAGCAUUGCCCCAAGUUUGUCAGCUGUGAGUUUGCCCACAACAACAACUGGUACAUCACGUUUGAAUCCGACUCGGAUGCUCAGUUAGCAUACAGACAUCUACGAGAACGGGUCGGGCACUUCCAGGGAAAACCAAUCAUGGCCAGGAUAAAAGCGAAGCCUCUGCAGAGGAUCACCUACACGCAGGCAGCACCCAAGGUCCUCAAUGGCUACCAUAUUGCCACAAACAACUUCUCCCAGGCCCAGACAGCAGUAUUCCAGCCAACCCAGUUCCAGCAGUACACCACCGCCCCUUCAGCAGCGGCGGCGGCGGCGGCAGCGCAGGCAGUGGCAGCACAGCAGCAACCCCUAAAUGGAAUCAUUCAGCAGCAGCAGUACACCUACUACCCUGCUGCUAAUGUACCACCGCAGUGGAGCCAGACGUACUAUGAAGCUCCUCAGGCUAUGCAGCCUCAGCAGUUUGGGACCACCAGUGCCUUCCCUCAGAAGUAUCAACCCACCAACACCAACACCAGUAGACACAAUAGCUACCAGGGGCCUAGGAAUUCACACAUUAUAUCAAGUAGAACCGUAAAGAGUCACCCCAGGUCGUCCAGUACUCCUGAGUUACGUAUGAAUGAUCAUCGUAUGAAUGACCGCAUGGGUAUACUGGACCCCAACCUCCCGUCUCACCACAACCGUCACUACCACCCUCAUGAGCAUCGCAGGUCGACGCAGCAGCCCUCCAUGCCCCUCAAUAGCUCCCGUCUACCCCCUUACCCCAGGGGAGGAGAGGAACCCUUAGAGAGGCUAGAUAGGCUUGAUAGGAUGGAUAGGAAGGAGGAUAAAGGAGGAGGAGGAGGGGAGGUGUUCCUAGCUCCCAAGAGGAGAGAGGGUAGCGCCAGAAGACCACACCCUCACUUUAACGAUGAUACCCAUAUAGGCAGCACUAGUACCUCAUUACAACAGAGUCAUAGUGGGCAUUAUGAUCUAUCUCGUAGGAGACCUUUAAGUAGUAACUCGACAAAUAACAGUACCUUCCGGGGUGGUCGAAGGAGGCGAGAUGACGACAUCCCUCCAAGCAGGAGAAGUAACAGCACCGGCGGUACCACCAUCACCACCAGCAGUAGUAGCAGUAAUCACAAUAGCAGCACCAUGAGUAGUGCAGGUGGCACCGGGGGUAGCAGUGCUAAUACCAAAGAUAGUCGAGACUCCAAGGAGAAGGAGGCUACUAAGACGCCUUCCUCUCCCAAGAUUGAUCUGGCAUCGUUUCCACCGUUGCCAGGGAGACCUUCCAAGGAGGAUGGGAGUGAGGAAGGCAAGAAGGACGAGGGAUCAGGGAGUAAGGAUGUAGCACCCAGUAUGACUCCAAUGGCUGAUGUAGUCAAGGGUCUCAAAGAACCCAAGAGAGCUGCUCCUCGACCAGUUGAACCCAAGCCUACACCAGUUGCAUCAACCAAAGACAGCUCCACUAACACAGCUAGUCAAUCCUCCGGGAGCAAAGAGGUAGAGAAACCGGUUGCACCUGCUCCAAAACCAGCACCACCAACUCCACAAAAUGCCAAGCAAAAGCAAACCUCAUCGUACACGCAGACAGACCCUGAGGAGAAGCAGUCCUCCAAGAUAGAGGCAUCACCUUCUCAUGGCACUACCAGUGCUACUACCAACAAUACUACCAAGCACAACUCUAGGGCCUCCACGUCCUCCACUCCCUCCUCCUCCUCCACCACCUCCUCCUCUUCCUCUUCAAUGUCUGCUGCCUCAAAGAACGGUAGCAGCAGCCAUCCAGUGGCAUCUGAAAGCACCAAGUCCGUUUCCACGGCAACGCAGGCUGUGACAUCAUCAGUUGGCACGGCAACGCCAGCCACCUCUUCUGCAGCCUCUCAUAUGUCUGCCUCAGGGAGAUCAACAGCUUUGGCAGGGAGCAACUCGAGUGCGGCGGCGGCGGCGGCGGCAGCCCAGGUCGCAACUGUCAAGACAUCGGAUGGUAUUCCACCACCAAGGCUAAGCUAUGCACAAGUGAUUGCCAAGAUGUCAGCAGCCAAGGCAAACCAAGCUGAGAACCCAGAACCUUCCAAGCCUAGCGGUAACAAAACAAGUGCACAAACCACCGGUCCAAAAGAUAUGCCCAACUCAAACUCAAGUAGCCAUGAGAGAACUGUGAAUAACUCGUCAUCCGUGCCCCUCUCCAACCAUGCCAACUCCCAGAUGGGCUCCAAGCCUCAGAGAUUCCCACGCUAUGGGCGCGGUCCUAAGAUGGAACAGAAUGGAGGAGAUGGGGGGCACUUUUACUCUGGAGGAGGAAGACAUAGAGGAAGGGGAGAGUAUGGGGGUAGAAGAUCCCCACCUCAUCAUAAACCUGCCAGCAAGUAACAUCAAGCAUCUGUUGGUAGCUAGGAAUGAAUGCAUGUCAUGUCCAGCAUAGAGCAAGAUGACAGACAGACAGACAGACAGUCAGAGAGAGAAAGGCAGCACACAUUUCGCUCCCUCAGCCUGCUACUUGUAGUGGAAAUGUUUACUUUGCCAAAAAAAUGAGCUGCACAGUGCUUGCACUUUAAUGGAAUGGAAUGGACAAUGAUGAGGGGAUUUUGAUAUGACUGGAAGUUAGUCUUCCUUCGUGAAGUUGGACGGUCGGAAAGAAAACUUGAUUACUUCAUUCACAGGAUGUGAAAGUUAAAGGAACAGUACGGUUUCUGAAAGAAAUGGAAUAUUGGUAUUGGUAUUGUUUGACCUUGUGCGCUCUUUUGAGCCAAGGUUACAGUGUAGUCUACAAUGGAAUGAAAACAGUAAACAACGUCCUUGAAAAUCGGUCGGGUAAACUAUACCAUUGUCACUUUGAGAAUUCUUCGACAUGACAACAUUACCUGAGAGAGAGAUGAUCACAACAUUGUGGAUUGGGAGAAGUAGAUUUUUGAAAUUGUGCUUUGUUUGAACGAAAGAGGACAGAUUCAGUUUGGAUUUUUGACACUGAAAUUUUUUGUUUAAAUGUCUUUGUGGUAUGCCAAAAAGUAGCAUUGACACAACUUUGAUUGGUGGGAAAGAUGGCUUCCAGAUGCAGCGUUUGUCAAAUAUGCUUGUAGGCAAUUAUACUAGCAAUGUUCACCAGGCAAUGGCUGUGUCAGUGGACAACCAUUGAUGAUGCCUUUGUCUUUCAAUGACACGGACAAACAUUAUUUCUUUUUCUGUCGACUAUUAUUGUUGUCAAUUUAUGUAGAGAUCUACUUUGUGAGAAAAAAAGUGGAAAACACCAGGCAUUAGUUUUGCUAAGCAGAAAAACAAGCCUCAAGUGAGACUUUGCACAAUUGAUUUGCAAUUAUGAGAUGCUAAAGAAGAAACAUGAUCAUUAUGGGAAGGAAGUUGGAAAGGGAUCAAGAAGUUUGAGCCAUCAGAGACUUCAUAGUAAUGCACAUGUUCAUCAACUUCUUGAUGCAGAAAGUGCAGCCAUGGCGUGUCUACGCAAAGUAAGGAGGAGAGACUCUUGACUUUGAGUCAUGUGUGAAAUAGUCAUUUCUGUGAAAAUGAUUUUAGAAGGAGUAGCAAUGGAGCCCAUGGAGGAAAGUUACAUACCAUCAUCAGGAGAAGUCAGCAUCAAGAGAAUGGUAUAUUGAGGGUUGUUCAAAAUGAUGCAGAGAGAGAGAGAAGGUGCUGGCAAAGGGAUUGAAUUGAUGUAUAUUUGUACAGGGAGUAGAGGUAACAGUGCUGUAGGUAUGGGGGAAACCAAAGUAGACGAGGUCAUGGGAAAGUGGGCCAACUUAUAUUGAUCAGCGUAUGAUAAAUCACUGAUUCAUGGACAAUUGCCAAGGGUACCUCAAAAGGUUAAUACAUACUGUCAUUUAUUGGGCAUGUAUUGGUUUGGUUCAGGUAUUCCCACUUGGGACUUUGAUUGUAUCAGGUGUGAUGUUAAGAAUGCUCGUACAGAAGAAUCAUCUGUAGGUGUUCAAUCCAUGCAGGUAGGGAGGACAUUGUGUCGGGGGUUACAACGAUUAUGAGAGCUAUGUCCAAGUAAUGUCAUGACAAACAUCAAACCUCUACAACAGCUGCAGUUACAGGUCAAACUCAUUGAGGUACUCUAUAAUUGGAACAACCUUUUGGGUCGUUUCAAUUUGAAGGCAGUAAUGAGCAAUUCAUUCAGAAAUUCUGUUUUCUUGACAUAAAGGUAGGGAAUCAGUGAGAAUAUGCUAUACAUGGCUCAACAUUCAUCCCUUGGAAGAAAACAAAUGCAGACUGUAGAGAAAAUCUGUUUCAUUCAUCUUGUACAGAUUUGGAAAGAUGAAAGACUAUUGAUGUGGUGAUAUGGACAGUAUUUUGUGUUGUAGGUCUCCUAAAAACACUCGUCUUUCUUGGCACAAAGUUGUAGAGCUACCAUUACUUGCCAUUGAGUUGAAAUUACUCAUGAUUCCUGGAGUACAACUUCAGAAACCAAAGUCAAAUGAUGUACUUAUAGUGGAGAUACGCGAGAUAUGUCCAGCAUGUGUAGAUAUUUACUCUCGAGUGCCCCUCGCAUCUAGAGUAGAGUCAAAUGCUUGCUCACUAGACAUGGUCUUGUAUUAUCUAUGUAUAUGCAAGCGCCUCUCAAUCGUACGUCCACAUCUCUAAGACUGCAUUGUUGUAUUCUUAAAUGUGGUGGUAGUAGUAGGAGAAAUGCCACCAGAAUAUAUCUUAAUGCGAGAAGAGUUUAUUAGCUUGCCAACUGCAGAAAGACUGCUUAUGCAUGAUAUUUGUCCAUUAUUUGUUCCGGCUAUUCUUACUAAACAGAAAUAUUGAUAGAAACACUCUAGUGUGGUUGACAGAGAUUAGUACAACAAGUACAACAUAUAUGUGUGAGUUUGCGCAAUGUGAAUGUAUGUUGGAACUUGAUUUGCCAGAUGCAAAAAUAGUUAAAUGGGGUGCCUCAUUACAUGGACUUUGAGUAACGAUAAAACCUCAGUACUUAUCUUCAAACCAUUCUGAAAAUAUAUAUAUUUUUCACAUUACAUGUUAACCAAGAAAGUAAGAUGAAGAUAAUAUGCUGCUGGUAUUAUUCAAUGAGAAAUAUAAAACAAUGAGAAAUAUAACCUAUUCAAUUUUAUUUUCUUAAGGGGUUUUCUUCUGCUUUAUUUGUUAUAGCUGCCCAAGGCAUUCAUCACAAAUAGUGGUAAAUCUUUGUUUUUGUUAUAGAAACCCUAAACACCAGAAUUUGUUUUUAUUUAGGACAAAUCUCUGCCAGGCAAACAUGGAAAGAUACAAGAUACGUUAAGAACAACUUGUAAUGUAAUACACCCAAGUUACCAGAAUUAAUACAUACUGGUACAUUCCAAAAUAUCCAAAUUUAAAGUAGAAUUUAAAGUAAGCUGUGUAUUUUAAUCUUUGCAUGUAAACUUGGAUGUGCGAGUAGUCCCUUGCAGGAGGGAAUUAAUGGCUAGUAAAGAAGUGUUGGUUAACUUGUAGAGUCUUAGUGGUGCUCUGGCCAAAAUACAAGCCAAUGUUGAUCUCACUCCCCCCCCCCCCCCCCCCCCCAUCAUUUGUUGGUAAUACAUGUUGGCAGUCUUGUGUUAAAUCAUCUUCAACUUGUGAGACUUUUUAGUAUCAUGUCCAUGACUAAACAUUAUCAGUGUUUGCUGUGACAACAUACACCAACAAAUGUUGUUUGGUACAGAAGUGCUUCCGUUUAUCUCGUUAUUCUCAAGAGCAACCCUCCUGAUCGCAGCAGUCCUCAUAGGAGAUAGUGAGACAAUUCCACAUGGGUGUUGACAACCAAUCAUGACUCACUUUUCUUUGUUAAAGUUCCAUUGAUUUGUAUAAUUUGUACAAGCUCAUUUGAUAUACACUUACAAUUUAAACUGUACAUGUACUUGCAUCAAAGCAGAACUUCUGUGCAAUAAUUUCAUUUAAAGAUGUAACACUUUAACCUUUGGAAUUACUAACAGAUUGUACUUGAUUCCUUUUAAAGGAGCCCCCCCCCCCCCUUUUUUUUGAGGGGGGGGGGGGGUGUCAUAAGGUUACAAUACAUGCUUUAUUUGUCUUUGUUUCCCCCAUGUGGAAUCAUCCCACAGGUCAAUCUCUUGGCAUCUCCUUGCAGAUUUAGAUGCCACAUACCUGCAAUGGUAAAAUGAUUUCUUAUCGCAGUGACAUCGGCAGUUAGAAUUUAACAUCUUAGGGUGCUAAACGUAGGUUUGAUUUAUUGUUGCAGCUUCCAUGAAGGUUUGUUUAUGAACCAUACAUGCUAAUAUGUCAUUUAUUCAAAUCUGUUCAGCUUCCCUUAUGAAAAUGCCUCCUAUGAUGUAACAAAUGAUAGUGGUCAUUGCCCCAAUGCCUAUGGUAGGAUUAUAUUCUCAUCUAGAAUACUACCUGUAAAAGCUCAGAGGAACUAACCCUUUGUUGAAAGUUGGCUUGUUUGGAUGCAAAACAAAAUUAGACAAACGAUUUUAGGAAAGGAUACCUUGAAGAUGUUUAAUUACCAAAUUCAUUGAUUACCUUAUUUUUAUUACUAGAAACAUGUAGCACUGUGUUAAUUCAUCUUAAGCCAUUACAAUGGAUCACACAGGUUUUUGUCAUUAAGUACCGAAAGGUGGACCUGUGCGCCACUAUUAUUAUUAUUAUUAUUAUACCGAGCAAUACCACCUAGAGACUGAUAAUGUUUCAAUUUAGGAUCUAAAGAUCUGGAAGAAUUGUACAGUCAAGAGAACUGGGAGAAAAUCUUUGAAUUAUCCUUGGGUACAGACCUAAUCCCUCUUACAUUUAGGGGCGUCGGCAGAGACGGACAGAGGCAUACAUAUGGAGAUAAUAUGUGUGUUUCUUAUUCUGAAGAACAUGGAGGGUUCAAUUCCAUGUCAAGUAUUUGGGAUAGAGUGGUGUCACUCUUAAUCAUGUUCAGGUUUAUUGUGCUAUGUCACUGUGAUAAAGAGCCCUGAUUCCUUAUAAAGCUGUCUAAGAAGAUCUAAUGAUAUUUUUUGAAAAAGGUAGUGAAAACAUGUAAAUCGUAACAAGACUUUUGAGCAAAUGUAGGGUGCUGGUUUAUAAAUAUAUAUUGCUGUUUUUCAAAAUGUUUUGCUGUACAUAGAGAUAAGACAAAAGAGUGAAAGAAAUAUGUAAUGUUCAUUUGUUGUGAAAUUAUUUGUGUGUAUGAAGCCUUAAUAGUAGUUUUUAAGAAUUGUCAAUUGAUAAUAAUGAAAGGGGAAUUGUAGAUUACAAAUGUAAGAUUAUUACUGUGUUGGAUGAGACCAACUUAAAUUUAUUUGAAAAGAAAAGUUUUAUGAAUUAUGAUUUCUUAAUUUGAGGAUAAGUUGAGAUUGGAAAGACCAUGAUAAAGGGUCAAUAAAAUUGAUGAUGUCUCAAUAUGUGCUGAGAUUAUAUGGUUAAAGAUAAUGAUUGUUUUACCUGGCUGCUAAGAAAGCAAGUGUAUGCUUUAAGUCCUUUCUGCAGGACUUGGUAAUGAGCAUUAAUGCCCUACCAAGUGGCACUAACCCAUUUGACUUUGUUUCAAACCCGCUACUUCCUGUUCACCGAGACCACUGCUCUACCACUGAGCCAUCAUGCCAUCAUUGCAUGUUUGGUUGUAUGGAUAGACUACAAUAUUUAGGCACCUUGCCUUCACAGUGGACGUCUGAAAUUUCUGUAGCAACUAUAAUGUCCAGUCUACGUCCCUUUUGGUUAAAAGUGGGAACUAUUAUUGUCCUUGCCCGUGAAUAUUGCCACAGCUAGAGGUACUAGUCCUACCCUCUCCCUCAUUUGUCAUUUUCUGAAAAAUAAGAAUGAUUGCCGAGCAUCAGUAUGUUGAUGCUAUAUGCUUCAGGAUUCAUCUGUUGUAGGCCUGCCGUCCUGUAUCUCUUAUACAAUAAUGAUGGUAUAAUAUUUUAUCUUAUUUGUUUAUUGAUUUAUGUUUAUAAAGGAACCAUUUCAAAAUGGCAGCUUCCAUUGUGGUGGUACCAUUUUCAAAACUUUAUCUUCUUCAUCUUAGUUUUAAGAGAAAUUUGUUCUAAAGAAUGCCUCAAGAUUAAAUCUGAGCAGAAUUCUUUUUAGCUCUUCCUUUUAUUAUAGAAACGCAGAAAGCUCAGUUAUAAGUAAUAUAUCUUAUUUAUCCAGUGUUUUUUCCUCCAUCUUUUAAUUUGAUUUCUUUGAAGAAAAAAAAAUCUUGCCACAAAUAUCUUGAGCUGGCCAUACAUUAUUUUCAUAAUUUCUUUUGAAGGAUUCUUUUUACUUUUAUGGAUUUUAUAAUAAGACCAUAUAUUUGAAUGAAAAUCUUUAAGGUUACAAAUCACUAAACUAAAUUUUUGUUUGCCAUUUAUACAAAUUUGCAGGGGAAAUUAGCUGUUCCAGUAUCACAGUAUGAUAAUUUCAACAUAAAUGCAUGAUGCACCUAUUAAAAUUGAUCAAUCUUUUCCACUGUAUUUCUUGCUUUCUAAACAAUAAGGUUAAACUAGUCGUUGACAUGUAGGAAGAACUACAAAAAUUGUAAUGAUAUACAGUUUGUCUUUUUUCUAUUGCUUGGAAAACUGGGACAGAAUUUGUGACGAUGAAAGAGCCCACAUUCUUUUGCCUAUUGUAAAAUUGUUUAAAAAAGAAAGAAAUAUAAACUAGUGUAGGUCAAUCCAUUUUGCACUUGCAUUUGCAAUGAAUUGAUAUUAAUUGAUGUUUGAAAGUUGAUAACAAGCCAACAAUCUGAAUUUGAAUAGCAUCUUAGAAGUGGGGAUAUUGUUUUAUUGUCUUUAUUCUCUCUCAUGUAAAAUAUGUUGUGAACUUAGUUGUGAAAAUGAAACAUACAAGCUAAUUUACCUCUUUAUGUAUCUGUAUUAGUCUGAAUUGGUAAUUCCCGUAAUUUGUUUAUUCUUUUUUGAUUGAAAUACAUGUUAAAACAUCAAAUACUGUACAGAUGUUGAAUGUGCAAUUUUUCUUUCCAUUUUAUUGCAAGUAAUUCAUGUUAGAUGUCCUAAUAUUCUUUUUAAAAGGCUGUUGUGUGUUAUUUUGUGUACUUGAUAUUCAUUUUUAGAUGUGUAGUUGUAGUUUAAGGAGAUGUUUUAUUUCACUCUGUCCUCUCAGCAAGAGAUCAUACUCGUCAAGUAGAUAAAGAAGUUGGGUCAUUUAAAUUAAAAUUAAUUGUUGAAUUUUCUACGCAGCUAAUCAAAUAGUAUCCAAACCAUUCUCCAUGAUAUGAUGCUAUUCGAAUGCAUCCAUACCAUACUGGAGAAUGAAAUGUUUUGCUGAAAAGUAUUGCAUCAUUUCUAUCUCAUGAUUCCAUUUUCAUCAAUCAGAGUUGAUUUGAAUAUUGUGUGUCACACAGCCAGUAUUGCUCUCACAUAUUAUGAUAUUGAGUCUAUAUUUUACAAAAGAAGGCUAAGCACAUUAUUUUUGUAAGAUUGUUUUUCUGGGAGUUUAUCUCGCCCCAAGUCUGUUAAGUUGAGAUUUGUUAUGUCCUUGUAUGGUUUGUAAGUGGAAAAGGUACUAUGUACAUGUUAGUGUGUAAUGUUAGCUAAACAGCUUAUAUUAAGGCUUUUCAGAUCUCUAACUCCAUUUAUCACUAUUUUAUUUACUCAAAUUUUGAAUACAUCAUUUUUUUAAACCAUUUUCUAUACUUUCCCCUAUUUUACUAUUUCCAUAUUACUCUCUUGAUCAAUCGUUUCAAUAUAGUUUUCAAAUUCCAUAAAUGUUUUCUUUUCUUUUCUUUUUUAAAUCAAUUCAACAUCUUUGAUCUUGUCUUUUGUGGAAACGGUGUGUUACUAUAGUAUUUCUAUGUCAAACCUUUUGGGUCACAUACAGUAUGCUAUUGUUACUGGGUUUUUUUCUUCUUUUUUUUCCCCGAAAUGAAAAAUAAUUUGAACAUGUUUGUAGUGACUUGUCAGUAGCUUGAUAAAGUUAGUUAACAGGUAUGCAUUUAUUACCAUAUGAAAGAAAGAAAGAAAAUAUUUUGGUACACAUGGAGUAGUUCAUAAAAACGAGUACUGUUCUUGUUCAUUUUUUUCCCUUUCCAUCUUUUUACUUUUGGCCGUGAAACUUCUCUUUGCAUGUUCAACAUUUGAUAUAUUUCAGGCUUACUUUACCAUUGCGUGUUAAAAUCUUUUGUGUGUAUAUAUACAUAUAUAUAUAUUAUAUAUAUUGUCAAGUGAAUUUCUAUGGCAAAUAAAAAGUAACUGCAGUGGCAGAUUUUUGGUGUACAGAAAAAUCCUGUACAUUAAUUGACUGCCUUAUUCUAAGAUGUAUUUCUGUAUGUUGAGAACCAAAUCUCCUGGCUAUGGAAAAUAAGUAGUUGAAGCAAAAAAAAAAAAAAAAAAAAAAAAGUUCUAGAACGAAAAUGUUUGUGCUGUCGCAUAUAUUGCUAAUUAAGGAUGUUAAAGAAAUUGAAUUUAUGAAAAAUCAAAAAAAGAUAAAAGAAAAGAAAAAAAAAAGAUAAGAUAUAUAUGCGUUGACAUGUUGCUUUUGUUUCUUUUUUUCUUCCAAGUUGAAAUUGGUGCAUAGACAUAUUUUAAUGACAAAGAAAAAUGAUUUAAAAUAUGCUUAUUUUUCUCUGUUGGCUUGUGGAAAUGGGUAUUCUGAUAAACUUAUCAUUUUGAUUUGGGUUUACUAUGGGAUAUAUGGGUUAGGCUUAGGUUUGUGUCCAAAUUGAAAGCCGUCGUGUUACAAUUAUGAUGGGGUGAUAUCUUUACUUGCAAUUUGUUCCAUUAUCUGAAUUGUAUCUGUUUCAACAGUGUACUGUAUUUAUGAUGUGUCACCUCGAACAAAUGAUCUGAAAAUACCUUGCAAAUGUAGAUUUCAAUAGUAGAGGGGGAUAUCCAUCCCACUAUGAUACAGAGUCAAAGCCUUUGUAAACAAAGAGAUUAUAAUUACUGCAUGCAUUAUAUUGUAACAGACGUGUUGAAAAAAGACAACUUUCAUUGGAGAAAAAAAAUGUCACUUUCUUUCUUCUUGUGAAUGAGCUAUGUGGAUAAAACAAAUUAAAUGAUGAAACAUAUGAUCUGUGGAAAAAUA